AUGGCCUCAACGAUUGACUUCGUCUUGGUGACUGGGUCCACCGGCUUCAUUGGUGCCCAUGUCGUUGAUACACUGUUGGCACGAGGCCUCAGAGUACGAGGCGCAACUCGUUCGCUCGCCAAAGGAGAUGAGAUGAUUCAAGCCCGACCGCAAUACGCGGACAAAUUGGAAUUUGUGCAGAUUCAAGAUUUUGAGAAUCCCGGAGGCUUGACCGAGGCUGUCAAAGGGGUUGACGCGGUUAUUCAUGUUGCUAGCCCAUUUAACUAUGACAUUACAGACAACGAAAAAGAGCUCAUCAUCCCAGCAAUCAACGGCGUGCGCUCCAUGCUCGAAGCAGCCUCCAACGCUCCUAGCAUUCAGCGGGUAGUCGUCACUUCUUCAUUCGCAGCUGUAGUAGACAUCAACCGCACAGGACCCCCCGGUUUCACCUAUACAGCAGCAGACUGGAAUCCUCUGACCUACGAAGAAGCUGCAGAUCCCCAAUCGACACCCGUCGUCGCUUAUCGUGGCUCUAAGAAAUAUGCCGAGCUAGCGGCUUGGGACUUUAUCAAAGAGAAGAAACCGCAUUUUGAUAUCGUCACUUUGUGUCCUCCCAUGGUCUUUGGUCCUAUAGUCCAUCCGAUCAAAAGUCUAGACCAUCUCAAUGAGUCGAACGCUGCUUUAUGGAAGAUUACGCGAGGCUCUAGUCCGCUACCUACAGCCCGUGUCCCCUUCUGGAUUGACGUUCGAGAUUUAGCGAUCGCCCAUGUCGAAGCUGCUCUUCGAAAGGAGGCCGGAGGCAAGAGAUAUACACCUGCCUCACCGGGACGAUGGUCCUAUGCCCUCGCAGCCCAGCACAUGGUCUCCGAAUUCCCACAAUUGCGAGAUUCGGUAAAAUUGGAGGAACAGGUUAUUGAUGAAACACUCAAUUUGGAUGGUGAGACUGCUGCAAGUGAGCUUGGUUAUCAGUGCCGCAAGUUUGAGGAGACGAUUCGCGAUUUUACGGCGCAGUGCUUGGCUAGGAAAGAGAAAGAAGCUGCCUAG